CUAAAUAUGGAUCACACAAAACAUUAAUUAUAAAAGUGUGGAAAUAUGAAUUAAAAGUUCCGUAGUAUAAAUUAGGGAAGUCGUGAUGUUCGACGGCAAAUGAAUAAGCAUGGUUUUCUAUUUUCAAAGCAAUGUUGUAUCGCCCCCAGCGUUAAUUUACAUGGGAAAGGAUAAGUAUGAAAAUGAAGACCUUAUACGUUGGGGAUGGCCAGAAGAUGUUUGGUUUCAUGUUCACAACUACUCUUCCGCUCAUGUAUACUUAAGACUCCAAGAGGGUCAAACUAUAGAUAAUAUUCCACAAUCCCUUAUCAAUGAUGCUGCUCAAUUAGUAAAGUAUAACAGCAUUCAAGGAAACAAGAUAAACAAUGUAGAUGUGGUUUAUACAUUAUGGUCCAACCUCAAGAAAACGGCUGAUAUGGAAGUUGGCCAAAUAGGAUAUUUCUGUGAAAAAAGCGUGAAAAAAAUCCGUGUUGAAAAAAGGGCAAAUGAAAUUGUGAACCGACUGAAUAAAACAAAAACCGAAGACCAUCCAGAUUUGCGUCGUCAAAGAGAAGAACGCGAUUCCGAAGAGAGAAGGGAGAAGAAACAUAUUUUAAAAGCUCAGCGAGAAAAGGAAGAAGAAGAAAUAAUGCGUCGUAAGACGGAAGCAGAAACACGAAGUUAUGAUAAAUUAUUUAAGCCUGAGUGUAUGUCUAGUAAUUAUGAUGAUGGAAAUGACUCUGAUGAUUUUAUGUAACAAUAAAAUUGCAAACCAUAUAA